AUGGCUAUGUUAAAUGAGUCUGUAGAAAGUCUUGACGAGAACAAAUUGGAGUGUAGCAGGUUUCAGGAAGUUACUGAAAAUAAAAAUAGUGACCAAAUUCUCAAAGCAGAUAAGAUGAAAUGUGUUUGUGAAAAAGAUGAGCAAGCAACAUUUUACUGUCAGGAUUGCAGACUUUACUUGUGCUCUACAUGUAGUGACUACCAUACCAAAUUCCCAGCGAUGAAAGAUCACAGGCCAAAGGAAGUUUCAAAAGUACUGCCAUGCAUGAUUCAUAAUGAACAUUUAGAGUUUUACUGCAUUGAAUGUAAAAUUCCCGUAUGUGAGGAGUGUACACAGACUGACCACAGAGACACCAGAGGGAAACACAAAGCAAUAACAAUUCAAGAAGCAUUUCAAAAUUUCCAAGAAAGUGCUAGCGACUUGGAAGAAAGAGCCAAUGUCUUAACAGCCCAAUUAAAAAAAGGUCUCAAAAAGGUUCAUAACAAUGUUAAAAAAUUAGAAGAAUGUAAAGACACCUGUUUGACACAUAUUGACAAGUCUGUGGAAGAACUGACAACUAAAAUCAAUGAGAAAGGAGAUGAAAUUAAAAAUAAAGUAGAGACAAUCUACAAAAAGAAAAAAAAGGUAAACAAAACGCAAAUUGAUGAAUUGACAAAGAAAAUAUCUAAUGUAGAAAAAUCACUGAGUGAUGUUAAUCAGUUAAUAAAGAGUGAUAAAAUUACAGCUAUGAAAUCAAGUAAUAUGGUAUAUAAAGCACUGAAAGAAAAUCUUCUUGAAUCACCUAGGGCAGAGCCAAAUGACGAUGGACAAAUCCACUUCUUCAAAAACAGGUCUUUAUUGCAAAUUGAAUAUGAUAUUGGAAAUGUAACAGAAACAAUGGCCAAUCAUUUAGCAUUAAUAGGAGGAGAUGUGACCCAAGGUCAGCCAAUUGUUGUCAAAGUAUGCAAAACCGAUGAAUAUGAAAUAGAUGCUAACCAUUUGAGUGCCACAUGGAGACAGCCAACAGGAAAAACCAUCAUCACUCAAGUUGAAGAAGAUGGCAAUGGAUAUCUUGUUGUUACAGGAGAGUGCAAAAGUACAGGUGUUUGCACACUUGAUGUGAGUAUUGACGUUAAACCAAUUAGGCAGUCACCAAUGAGGAAGAGAAGGCAGGACUAG